UGAAGAAGAAAGAUAUAAACAGGCGACAAACCCUGUGAGAUUUCUACCCAGCUUGUAUUCCAUCAUGGUGUAUGGACAGAUUCUUCACCAGCACCCUCCUGAUGACUGCUUCAUCGUCGUCAACGUCGGAGGUUUCAAGCAAAAAUUGGAGCACAACGUUCUUAAUCGCUUUCCACAGACCCGCCUGGCACGCCUUCUGUGCUGUAACUCCAAAGAAGCCAUCCUGGAGCUCUGUGAUGACUUCAUCCCUGCAGAAAUGGAGUAUUAUUUUGACCGCAAUCCACGUUUUUUCUGUUACAUCCUCAACUUUUACCUGACCGGCAAAAUGCACCUGGUGGAUGGUUUGUGUGUGGUGUCCUUCUACCAAGAGAUCGAGUAUUGGGGUAUCAAGGACCGCCACCUGGACUUGUGCUGCAGCAGUAAAUUCCAGGAUCUCCUGUAUGAAGCCGGGGACUUUGGCUGGGAUCAGGGCAGUGAUGAGCAUCAGCUGUACGGGGCCGACUCCUUCAGUGAAGAGCUGUCCGCUGUAGAGCAGGAAGUAGAUACGUUCGGAGGCACCUGGUGUGCCAAUGUGCGUCGGAAUGUUUGGGUCCGCCUUGAGAAUCCUUCGUACUCGGCUUCGGCCAAAGCCAUGGCUGUUGCAUCACUGAGUGUGGUUCUGGCGUCCAUCGUGGCCAUGUGUGUCCACAGCAUGCCAGACUUCCAAAAGGUGGACCACAACAACAAAGAGGUUGAAGACCCAGUGCUGACUUUCUUUGAGAACCUCUGUGUCCUCUUAUUUUCUGCCGAAUUUAUUCUUCGUCUGGUUGUUGCACCGUCAGCCAGGAAGUUCCUACACAGCCCUCUGAACGUCAUCGACUUGAUUUCAAUCAUGCCCUUCUACGUGACCUUGGCUUUUGAUGUGGGCCUGGUGGAUGAAGGCGAUAACUCAGAGUUGGAGAACGUGGGCAAGGUGAUGCAGAUCCUAAAGUUGAUGCGAGUGUUCCGCAUCCUAAAACUGGCUCGCCACUCGGCCGGCCUGCGCUCUCUCGGGGCCACACUGCGACACAGCAGUCGGGAAGUCGGCCUCCUUGUACUUUUCUUGUUUGUGGGAGUCUCCAUGUUCUCUGCACUCAUCUACUUUGUAGAGAAGGAGUCCCUGGAGUCAGAGCUGCAGACUAUCCCGAUUGGCUGGUGGUGGGCCACCAUUAGUAUGACCACAGUGGGAUACGGAGACACUUUUCCUGUUACUCUCGCUGGGAAGCUGGUAGGAACUCUGUGCAUUCUCUCUGGGCUGCUUAUUGUGGCUUUGCCCAUCACCAACAUCUUCAACAAGUUCACCAACUUCUACCAGAAACAAAGGACGGUGGACCAGAUGAAUCCAGGACCAUUAACCAGUCAGUGAGAGCAUGUUCCACUUACAGUACUUACUUACUGGACGGAACGCUAUCAUCAUCACAGUUAGGAGUUGAUCAUGAAACACGAGCACAGAUGUUGCUUUCAUUUACAUGAAAGUCUUAAAUAGUUGGAAACCAGUCUUAUUUACAGUA